AUGGAGAUGACAAUAGAAAAGAUUAGCCAGUUGCAACCUGAUGAAGUUUUAACUUUACUUGGGACCUUCAGCAGAUAUCAGCAAAUUAUCUACUUUCUCCUCUGUCUUGUUAUAUUUCGAGGAGUAUUCCCAGUCCUCGGUAUAAUACUGAUUGGCAGAGAUCCUGGCCAUGUUUGUGACACUACCUUUUAUAAUGACAGCCUUACAACAAAUUCUGGUCAUGAAGGAUCUUCCCAAUGUUAUAUACACACCAUGCGGAAAGAAAAAAAUGUCACAAUUCCCUGUCCUGGAACUUGGAAAUAUAAUACAACAUUUACGUCAAUUGUCACAGAAUGGGAUUUGGUGUGUAACCGGGCUUACCUGGUGGAUCUCUCUUCAACUGUUUAUAUGAUUGGUUGUGCCUUUGGAUGCAUCUUUUUGGUACCAUUUGGUGACAAGUUUGGUCGUCGCUGUGUCCUCCUCAUCAGUCUUGCUUGCAUGAUCAUCCUCAGUAUUGGUUUGGCAUUCAGUAAUACCAUAAUACUUUUCAUAGUUUUACGUUUCUUUAUUGGAAUGUUGAACAUGACUAUCACUUUGAAUGUUUACUGCAUGAUAGCUGAAUUCUUACCUUCCACUCAUCGUACUUUGCCUGUUAUUGGAGCUUCUUUAUUCUGGUCUUUGGGCAUCAUGGUUCUAGCACUUGUAGGAUAUUUCAUCAAAGAUUGGAAGAUUUUACAAAUUGUUACCUCAUUACCCAACCUUGUUCUUCUUCUUCUGUGGUGGUUCCUGCCUGAAUCAAUCACAUGGUUGUUUUUAAAGGGAAACUAUCAAGAGACAUUAAAUAUUGUUCAGUCUGCAAACAAAUGGAAUAAAAAAAAACUUGGACCAGACUUUUUUUCUGAUUUUCACAAUCAAAAAGAAGUUAAUUCUCAAAGUUCAGAAGGUUCAGACUCCCUCCUGACCUCUGGCCGUGCCAAUCAUCAUGACCCGUCGACGCCUUGUAACACACUGGAGGUAUCUGCUGCCAAUGAGGUUAACAUGUUAGAGGACAAUAAUAAAACACCUCAUCUUCAUCAGAAAGAAAAUGGCCUGACUAGGUCUAAUUCUGAAGAUGUUCAAACAUUCCAAUCAACGAGUUAUCUCACCAGCAGUAAAAACUAUCAAAAUUGUUCACAAGGACAAGAACUUCUAUCGGUCACUUUAUCCUUCUGUUCAUUAUUUAAAACACCCAGGAUGUUACUGUAUACUCUCAUCACUUAUUACCUCUUAACUGUUGUUAGUUUAAGUUAUUUUGGCAUCUUACUUAAUACACCAGCCUUACCUGGGAACAUUUAUAUCAACCUGUUUUUUAGUGCUGUGGUUGAGAUUGCAGCCAAUAUCGUUGUCAUGUUUAUCAUCAACAGAAUUGGACGUCGUAAACCAAUCUGUUGCUUCUUGUUAAUUUGUGGAAUAUCAAAUCUGGUCUCUUUAGGAAUUUUUUAUUCUGAAAUGCAAAACAAAUUUGUUUUAAUGUUGAUUUGGUCCAUGAUCGGAAGAUUUGGUAUUUCUGGAUCUUAUAGCAUGAUUUAUUUACUUUUAGCCGAGAUCUUUCCAACAGCUGUCAGAAAUCAGGCCAUGGGAUCUGCAUCCCUGUUUGAAAAUUUUGGAAGCAUUUUGGCACCACUUGUUAUGUUGUUGGACUCAAAUGAUAUUAUAUUGCCUUUAUCAAUAUUUGGAGUAUUAACUGUAGUUGGAGGACUAUUAGUGCUUUUGCUGCCAGAGACUCAUUUAAAACCUUUACCAAACAGCGUUGGGCAAGUGGAAAGUUGGUAA